ACGCGUUGCCUGACGCGUGCCUGUGUACUGUUACGUGCUCGUCCCCGCUGCUGAGCAACAAGAUGGCGGCCGCCGCCGGAUCAGGCGUAAAAGUCCCCCGUAACUUCCGGCUAUUGGAGGAGCUUGAGGAGGGUCAGAAGGGUGUUGGUGAUGGGACCGUGAGCUGGGGUUUGGAGGACGAUGAAGAUAUGACCCUCACACGCUGGAGAGGAAUGAUCAUCGGACCUCCAAGGACCAUCUAUGAGAACAGGAUGUACAGUCUUAGAGUGGAAUGUGGACCAAGAUACCCAGAAACACCUCCUUUUGUUCGAUUUGUGACGAAGAUCAACUUGAAUGGAGUUCAUAACUCAAAUGGUGUGGUUGACAUACGAGCUGUAUCCUCUCUGGCCAAGUGGCAGAAUUCCUACAGCAUCCGUGUGGUCCUGCAGGAGCUGCGACGACUCAUGAUGUGCAAAGAGAACAUGAAGCUGCCUCAGCCACCUGAGGGACAGAUCUACAGCAACUGAGCUUCUCUUUUGUCCUUCUUUACCUUCACUCACAACACAUUCACACAUGCAAGGCUGAGCAUUCCUCUUCUUACCCUGGACUCAGGACAGUUCCUCCCAGUUCCUGACCACUCCCCCUGUGCUGCAGCAACCAAUGAGCAGUCCUGCCUUAGGAACUCCCAUUGGACAACAGAAAUUAUGGAUGUAGUGGUGCGCACAGCAGAAUACUGUACAUCUUACUAAUCAGUUUUUUUUUUUGUUAUACAUGCAAAUUGUAAAAAUAACAUAAAUAAUCUUAUUGAGUGUACUUUGUGUGCCUUGUUUUUCAAAAGUAAAAGCCACCCUCAUUUGAGAUUAAUCUGCUAGUGAAAAUUUAUUUGUGCUUUCAUUUGACUGUGUGGUAGGAAUAUUAAAGGGUUAGUUCACAUAAAAAAAAAAAAAUAAAAAAAAGUCAUAUACUCACCCUAAUGUUGUUUCCACACAAGCAAGUGAAUAGUGCUUGAGGUUGUUAGUUAAGUCAGUAACGUGCUGCCUCACAUUUCCUUUUGUGCUCUUUCAAAGAGUAGUAUGUAGUAUAUAGUAUAUGAAUCUAAAACAACAUGAUGGUGAACAUUUUGGGUGAACUGUCCUUUUUUGGGUGAAGGUAUCUGGUAUGGUUAAAGGUGAACUACUUCCUUUGCUACAAUGGAAUUUAAAAUAAUUUGGGGAUGUUUGGGCCAUGCUGGUCACAUGGACAUUUACUGUACUUUUUUUUUAAAUGACAAGGAGAGAAAAGAUUACACCAGUGCAAAAUGAAAAAGCCUACUUGCAUAUUAUAUAAGAGGUUGCAGUAAAUAAAUCUGUGUCGUUUAGAGAAUUUUAAAAACAUUAGGUAAUUCAAAUGCUAUCCAUUGCUUUGACAGCUAAAUAAUAAGGUAUCUCUCUAGAUAUUUCCACAACAAAGGAUGCUAUGUGAUUAGAAAAUAUGUGUACUCAAAAUACGUGUAUUCCAAUGGAAUAAUUAAUAUGAAAUUGUUAAUUAAAUCAGGUGGCAAGACUGUAGUGCUUGUGUUCUUCACAUGAUAAUGGCUGAAUAAACUGAAAAAGCCAAGAACCUGCAUUACAGAGCUUUACGAACGGAUGACCGUAAUGCAACCUCAUUAGGUAAUUUUGUAGUUGUAUCAGUAUAAUGAAAACACAUUUGUAUUUACACCUUUGAAUGUGUUCAGAAUCGGUCUCUGACCACCUCCAAUUGUGGUUUCAGUGAUCCAAUUACAAUGCAUCUUGGUUGCAUUUAUGCCUGGCAUUUAAUGUGGCCAAGUUAUUCUUAUGUUAGAAGUUAUUCAAGAUAUUCUUAUUCACCAGAACGCUUCACAGCUGCCCACCUAUACACAUUCAUGGAAAACCUUGUUCACGUGAGAACUUCUGGUUGUAUCUCUUACAAACCAUUUAUCGCAUGAACAUGCAAGCCCACUUGCUUCAAGCAUGAGAAUGGGUGAAUGAGAUUCUCUUGUAUGAAUGUGCGUAGGAGAGCUGAGUAGUGUUUUAGUGACUAAGGACUUUUGCUUUGUUUCUCAGCCAUCAUAUCGCUUCAAAAACAUGUAUUAAACCACUCAAGUCGUAUAGAUUACUUUUAUGCAGCCUUUAUGUCCUUUUGGAGCAUGAAAGUUUUGGAACCCAUAGACCCUUUUCACACUUCCUUGUUUUGGAAUGCCGAAGUAAAUGAUUGCAUGUUAAACUUUGACAGCGGUGAAUGGGAGUCCAUGCCAAUAUAAUCAUUAUUGCUUACCAAUGUGCUCCAACAUCAAAAGAAAAAUGCCACUUUUACGUUUCCACAACUUCAAAUUAAGAAACAAAUUUAAAACGACAGAAGAAAGAAGAUGGAAAAUGUACUGUCACUUUCUCAGCUGCUGUAUGUCAUCGCAUUUGUGGUAACUCGUUUUUUAAAACUCAUUCCAAUGUAAUGUUAUAUAUUUACACUAAAUUAUAAAAAUGGCAAAUAUAGCAUUUAUUUAUAGAUUUACACUGCUAAAUAAGGGUUAAACGUCAUUGCAGUCUGUGGAAAGGGUCCAUUG